AUGACUAAUACAGGUAGUAGUGAUGAUGAAAGGAGGGCUCGCCAAGAAGCCGAGAUCCGAGGAAGAAAUGACUUCACUCUACAAGCUAUGCACCAACAAUUCGAAAGAUGGACCUUGCAAUUUCAAGAGAUCAAAGAUGCCAUUGCUGAACAAAAUGAGACAAUAGCUGAACUUAGGAGGGGAGGUCAACAUGUUGUACAACCACAAAAUAAUCCUAGGCCUCAAAAUAGAAGAAAUAUGCCCCAUGGCCCCAUUGUAAAUCAAGAAAACCCUAUAGAUGAUUUUGUUGAUGAUCUUGAUGUAAAUCUAGAUAGGGUAGGGAGAGAUAGGAGGGGACAACGAGGAAGAGUGGAAGAUGAUAACAUCAAUAGCAUAAAGAUGAAGAUGCCAACUUUCAAGGGCACAAGAGAUCCAGACUUGUACCUUGAUUGGGAGCGGAAAGUUGAAGCCAUUUUUGAUUGUCACAACUAUUCUGAAGCUAAGAAGGUAAAACUUGCCGUUGUUGAAUUUUCUGACUAUGCUUCUAUUUGGUGGAAAAAGCUUACAAGGGAUAGACAACAAGAUGGAGAACCGCCCAUUGCUACUUGGGCUGAGAUGAAGAGAGUCAUGAAGAAGAGGUUCGUGCCUUCCCACUUUCAAAGAGACCUACAAAUGCGUCUUCGAAGAUUGGAGCAGGGAACCAUGACUGUUGAUGAAUACUUCAAAGCUAUGGAUAUGGCUAUGAUCCAAGCUAAUUGUGUAGAAGAUGAAGAGGCCACUAUGGCUAGAUUUCUUAAUGGUUUAAAUAAAGAAAUAGCUGAUGUAGUAGAGAUACAACAAUAUGUAACUUUAGAUGAGUUAGUGGAUAUGGCUGUAAAAUUAGAAAAGCAAAUUAAAAGAAAGCAGCAAGCUAGCUCAUGGAGGAGUCAGCCAAACACCAAUUCAAAGAAGCCAUGGCCGAAACAAGAUGUGACUUCUAGGCCUCAAGAAGGCAAGGGGAAGGCCAAAGUAGAUGAAAAGGAGGGAGAGGAAGAAGAGGGAGGUGUGAGUGAAGAUGAUGUAGAGUUGCCUAAUAGUGGUUUUGUUGGGGUAGCUAGGAAGAUUCUUGAUGGAGAAAAUGAGAGUAAAAAAAGUGAGAAAGAGGAAGAAGAGGGAGGUGUGAGUGAAGAUGAUGUAGAACUUCCUUUUAAUGAUAGUUUGGUUGCAGUAGUUAGGAGGAUUAUGGCUAUCAAUUUGGGAGUCAAUAGUGAAGAACAAAGGGAAAAUAUAUUCCAUACUAGGUGUGGGAUAAGGGGGAGAACUUGUUCUAUGAUUAUUGACAGUGGUAGUUGUGCUAAUGUAGUGAGUUCACACUUGGUAGAUACGUUAGGGCUUGCAUGCAUGAAACACCCUAAGCCCUAUAGACUCCAAUGGUUGAAUGAUAGUGGUGAACUGAAAGUCAACAAACAAUGCAUGAUUUCAUUCAAUGUUAGCAGGUAUGAGGAUGAUACUCUUUGUGAUGUCAUUCCUAUGCAAGCUUGUCAUAUCUUGCUUGGUCGUCCAUGGCAGUUCGAUAGGAAUACUUUUCAUGAUGGAAGGAAGAACAGAUAUUCACUUGAGCUUAAUGGCAAGAAGUAUACUCUUGCACCUUUAACACCUUCUCAGGUGUUUGAAGAUCAAAAGAGAUUGAGGGAAUCAAUGGGAAAACAAAGGGGACAGAAAAAAGGUGAGCUUGAGGGAAAAGAAAUGAAAGAUGGCCAAGAGAGAAACAAAGAGGGCAGCAACUUAAGCAAAGAGAUUCCAAAUAGGCCUGCUUAUAGGAGUAAUCCUGAAGAGACAAAGGAGUUGCAAAGGCAGGUUGAAGAGUUGCUUAAAAAAGGGUUUGUGCGAGAGAGCUUGAGUCCUUGCUCAGUUCCUGUUCUAUUGGUGCCCAAAAAAGAUGGAUCUUGGAGGAUGUGCGUGGAUUGUCGAGCUAUCAACAAGAUUACAGUAAAGUAUCGUCAUCCUAUUCCUCGUCUUGAUGACAUGUUGGAUCAAUUGCAUGGGUCCAAAAUCUUUUCUAAAAUUGAUCUAAAAAGUGGUUACCAUCAGAUUCGAAUGAAUCCUGGAGAUGAAUGGAAAACUGCUUUUAAGACCAAAUAUGGGCUUUAUGAGUGGUUAGUUAUGCCUUUUAUAGGAGAUUUGUUAGAGAUUUUAGCACCAUUGCUGCUCCUCUAA